CAUACACCAGCCAACCCGUUCAGCAUCUCUGUACCAGGAGAAUCCGCUGCCAAAGCUUUUCAAUUAUUCCUGUCGUGUCGAACAGCGAAGGGGGAGGUCGCUAGGCUCAAGAUCCAAGUGCUAUUGAAUGUUCUCGCGAUCAUCCCAUCGUAUCGUACCCAUCACUCCGCUAGCCUGCUUGCUGGUAUCUCGGCAGCAACAUAUGUCAUUGAACUGGAGCUGUGUCGCUUUAGCUAUUUGAUGGCAGUGGCAUUCGUAUGGAGAUGUCAAUGAGUUUCAUUACUCUAGUUAGUUCAUUUGGUUAAUGUGAUGUAAGACGACUGAGCCAUACUGAUGAGGAGAAAUUCCGACAGUGUUAUCUGGCUAUGCUAGUCUAGGAUUAUCUCGUGUUUUACUGAUACUGGAGGCUGACCUGUCACCAUGACGGACCAUCUGGGAGAUUUUAAGUUUCAGAUCUGGGAACAAGAUGUCGGACAGUGAAGAUGAUAUACCAGAUUUGGUUCCAGUUAUUGAUGAUCAAAUCCUUAAACCAAUGGCAAAGGUGCCAGUUACAGUCAUCACUGGAUUUCUUGGAGCAGGCAAAACAACGCUCUUGAAUUACAUCCUGACUGAACAGCAUGGAAAGAAAAUUGCAGUGAUAUUGAAUGAAUUUGGUGAAGGUAGUGCUAUGGAAAAGUCCAUGUCUGUGGGCCAAGAGGGAGAACUGUUUGAGGAAUGGUUGGAACUCAGAAAUGGAUGCCUCUGUUGCUCUGUCAAGGAUAAUGGAGUCAAGGCUAUUGAGAACCUGAUGACAAAGAAAGGAAGGUUUGACUACAUUUUACUUGAAACAACAGGGCUGGCUGACCCUGGACCUAUAGCAGCUAUAUUCUGGAUGGAUGAAGAGUUGUGCAGUGAUCUGUUUCUUGAUGGUAUCAUCACAGUGGUUGAUGCAAAAUAUUGUCUGCAGCAUCUUCAUGAGAAGAAAGAGAAUGGAGAAGUGAAUGAAUGUGCAAGACAAGUGGCUUUGGCCGACGUCCUGAUCAUCAACAAACUAGAUCUGGUCACCAAUGAGGAACUCAGUCAUUUAGAAUCACAAAUAAGAUCAAUCAAUAGUGCUGCAAUUCUUAUCAAGACAGAAAAAUCAAAGGUUGAUUUGGAUAGAAUUUUGGACCUCAAUGCUUACGCUGCUGGUACUGUUAAAGAAAGCAAUGAUGAAAUAGUAAGAGUGCCAUCAUUUGUUGAAUCAAAAGCAGAAGGUAGUCACAUUGAUAAGACAGUCUCUACAAUAACAUUAGAAACAGAAGGUGAUGUGGACCCAGACAAGCUUGAUAUGUUUCUACAGAAUCUCCUGUGGGAAAAGGAGUUACAAGACUCUGAUGGGAAUACCAUCAAUAUCUACAGAUUAAAGGGCGUGGUGUCUGUUCGCGGGAAUCCAAGACGAGUCCUGUUACAAGCGGUGCAUGAACUCUAUGAUCGACAGGACACAACUGCGUGGGAGCAGGAUAACACCCGCCUCAAUAGAAUGGUUUUUAUAGGUCGAUAUUUGGAUAGAAACAGACUCGAUGAAGAAUUCAAGAAAUGUUUGACGGACAUUUGAACCGACAAGAAGAUUUUCAGUGUGAAAUUCACUUGGUAAUUGACUGUGACCUGUGCAACUUGGAUGAAGUGAAGUUUAUGAGAGGCAUCAGUUCGUAAAUCGCUCUCACUGUUCUUUCACGAAAUAUUUAUCAUUCAAAAACGUACAAUGCCAGUGGCAUCACGCGACAUUGCUCUAUGGUAAUCAAAAGGUUGCCGUCAAGCAUGCAUGAGUGGGGGCGUGGUUGCUGCGCCCAUCAAUUUUUACACGUAUCAUGUUAAGACCACUUGUGUUUCUACACUAUAAAACGUGUAAUGUAUUUAAUAAAGAAUUAAGGUUAAUUUAAUUACAUGUAGAUAUUUUUAUAGUUUUCCUACGAUAUUGAUUUCACCCUUUCC